AAUAAACUGACGAUCACCGUUUGUGAUCGAUAGUUCAACAUGGCAGAUUGAUGAUGUGGGUGACACAAAAUUUGUAAAGUGAACAUGACAUCAAGCGAUAAAAAAUUUAGAGUACUUUUUUUGCUGUUAAUUCUGGUUUAGCCCACACUUUAGAAAAUCACUAAUGUAGUACAGCGUUAAAACGGUACACUGCUUAAUCGACUAUGGGACUCACGAUUCUAAAGAACAUAAUCGUCGUAACAGCAUCAUCUACUUCAAUAGUCUCGUCGUUGGCAGGAGUACCAAUAUGCAAGGGUUUUAUUGAUACUGGCACAACAGGAGAGUGUGAACCAACAACGUUCGUUGCUGCACUGUUGUCGUCCUCUUUAUGGCUUUUGUAUGGCAUUGCAAUAUCUGACACUUCUACAAUUAUUGUCAACUCAAUUGGUGCUUUACUACAGUUCAGUUAUGUAGUAACAUACUACAUAUACGCUAUCAGGAAGUCACAGGUACUGAAGUACAUGGCUACUUUCAUUGUGGUGUUGCUAUUAACACUUCUGUAUUUAUACUUUGACACAAAUCCAGACAGAAAGAGAUAUCACAUGGGUCUCAUAUGUACAUUCGUGACCAUCAUGUUCUUUGCUGCACCAUUGGUUACCUUGCGCAAGGUUAUAAGAUCAAGAAGUACACGUUCUCUUCCAUUUCCAAUUAUAUUAAUGACGUUUUUGUCAUCAGUACAAUGGUUAAUAUAUGGAAUUCUAUUGGGGGAUCCAUUCAUGAAGGUUGUAAAUAUAAUCGGUACACUAUUGAGCACAUUUCAGCUCUCGCUUUUUGUUAUAUACCGUGACCAGCCUGUGCAGGCAGAGUGAAGAGAUCGCAGUGAAAGGACACCAUCUUUGCACCAAAGAGAAGUGCAAUGUAUUUAUUAUUGCUUGUUUAUUUUUUGUGUUAGGAGGAGAAAAGAAUGAAAUGAUUGUGCAUGAUACUUACGACUGAGAAACUUACAUCCAUGACUGUUUUGUGAUAAGAUUUUAAAUUGACGUACCUGAGGAAAACUAGACAUUCUGUUGAAAUGGGAAAAAAUCUUCCUUCAAAUAUAUGUAAUUUUUAAAGGCUUCAUGUAAAUGGCUGUGAGAUAAUUAUAUUUUAUAUGAGACUAUAUUUUACUUGUGAUUAAUAAAUUUGGCUUUUAUAUCUUA